AUGACGUCGCCUGGGUAUAAAAAAGGGAAGAGGUUCAGAUGGAUUAUACUCCGAGCAGCCCUCUGGGUUGAGAUCAGUAAACAGGCGAGAGUUGAGGGGGGAAAGUUCCCGGGGUGGAUCCUGCGCGCACACGCACGCACAGCACAGGCGCGCACAGGCACACCCGCACGCUCUGCCCGCAAGCUGCCCUCGGAAAAAGCUCCGCUCUUUUCGCUCCGAUCCCUUUUUGAGAUUUCUCUUAAAAGUUUCGGUUUCGUGUCUCUCCAGCCUUCUCUCCCCCCCCGUUACGAGGGCACUGGGUCAGUCCUGAUGUCCCCUGUUCCCCAUCAGAUGUUGCCCUACAUGAACGUGGGCACUUUGUCCCGGACGGAGCUGCAGUUACUGAACCAGCUGCACUGCAGGCGAAAAAGGCGGCAUCGGACCAUCUUCACUGACGAGCAGCUAGAAGCGCUGGAAAACCUCUUCCAGGAAACGAAAUACCCAGACGUGGGCACCAGGGAGCAGCUGGCCAGGAGGGUGCACUUAAGAGAGGAAAAAGUGGAGGUUUGGUUCAAAAACCGCCGGGCGAAGUGGAGGAGGCAAAAGCGAUCGUCCUCGGAGGAGUCAGAAAACGCACAAAAAUGGAAUAAAGCGUCUAAAACCUCUCCGGAGAAGAGACCAGACGACGGGAAAAGUGACUUGGACUCCGACAGCUGA